GUUGAGAUGUUUAAAUCAGAUGCUGCUUUGGUUUGAUUCUGUUUGUUGAUAUAACUAUUAUAAUACUGUUAUAACCGUUGUAAUUGUUAUAGCAUCUACUUCUACUCUUACAAUUGUUGAUCUGCCAUCGCAUCAUGCUCCGCAUCGCCCGCCGUUCCCUCCUCCGCUCCUCCAUCUCCCCCUCCCCCUCCCUCAUCCCCCGCCGCCACAACUCCAUCCUCUCCUUCUCCGAAGACGUCGAGCUCUUCCGCGACGUCGUCCGCCGCUUCAACACCGACCUCGUCCAGCCCAACGUCUCCGCCAUGGACGCGGCCGAGCAAAUCCCCGCGUCGCUCGUCUCCGCGCUGUUCGACACCGGUCUCAUGGCCGUCGAGACCCCGGAAGAGUACGGCGGCGCGGGCGCGUCGUUCACCGCCGCGGUCGCGAUCGUCGAAGAACUCGCGAAAUGCGACCCUUCCGUCGCGGUCCUCAACGACGUCCACAACACGCUCGUAAACACCUGCGUCCGCAAAUGGGGAUCAGACUACAUCAAGCAAACCUACCUCCCGCAGCUCGCGACCUCCAAGCUCGGCGCCUUCGCGCUCUCCGAACCAUCCGCGGGAUCCGACGCGUUCGCGCUGAAGACGCGCGCCCGCAAACUGCCCGACGGGGACUUUGUCCUCAACGGCGGGAAAAUGUGGAUCACCAACGGCGGCGAGGCCGAGAUCUUUGUCGUCUUUGCAAACGCGGAGCCGGAGAUCGGGUACCGCGGCAUCACCGCGUUCGUCGUCGAAAAGGACUGGGGCGUUAAAGUCGUCAAGAAAGAGCACAAGCUCGGCAUCCGCGCGUCCUCCACCGCCGUCCUCGCGCUCGACGACGUCCAUGUGCCUGCCAAAAACGUGCUCGGGCAUUACGGCAAGGGCUACAAGAUCGCAAUCGAGUGCCUCAACGAAGGCCGCAUCGGCAUCGCCGCGCAGAUGGCGGGCAUCGCUCAGGGCGCAUUCGACCGCGCGGUCUCGUACGUCUACCGCGAUCGCAAGCAGUUUGGCAAGUUUGUCGGCGAGUUCCAGGGCAUGCAGUUUCAGAUCGCGCAGGUCGCGACCGAGAUCGAGGCCGCGAGGUUGAUGCUUUAUAACGCGGCCGCGAUCAAGGACGCGGGCGGGGAGUUUGUGACUGAGGCGGCGAUGGCGAAGUUGUAUGCUUCGCAGGUGGCUGAGAGGGCGGCGAGUAAGGCGAUCGAGUGGAUGGGCGGCGUCGGGUUCACGCGCGAGGAGUCGGUUGAGAAGUUUUAUCGCGAUGCAAAGAUCGGUGCUAUUUAUGAGGGAACUUCAAACAUUCAGCUGCAGACCAUCGCCAAGCUCAUCCAGAAGAAGUAUGCUAAUUAACUUCUCUUCUGCUCUCUACAUUCUAGACUAGUAUUAUGACU